UACACCACAUCAUGUUUUGCUGCUGCGAGCGCUAGAAACAUCUUCGCCCUUUUCGUGAGCCGGGAUUUAACAGUCUCCGGUUUACCUGGAUUCCAUCGUACGCAGCGAAAAACCACCGAUCGAAGUGACCUGUGCGGAAAGAUUGGUUUGAUGGUGCAACACCGCGCCGCAGGAUGGGUGCAAACAUUUCCCAGCUGGAGCGUGACAUCGGUUCGGACCAAUUCCCACCGAACGAGCACUACUUCGGGCUGGUCAACUUCGGUAACACCUGCUACAGCAACUCGGUUCUGCAGGCCCUCUACUUUUGCCGUCCAUUCCGGGAGAAGGUGCUAGAGUACAAAGCGAAAAACCGGCGCACCAAGGAAACGCUCCUGUCCUGCCUGGCCGAUCUGUUUUACAGUAUCGCGACGCAAAAGAAGAAGGUGGGCUCGAUUGCACCGAAAAAGUUCAUCGCCCGGUUGCGCAAGGAGAAGGAAGAGUUCGAUAACUACAUGCAGCAGGAUGCGCACGAGUUCCUUAACUUUCUCAUCAACCACAUCAACGAGAUCAUACUGGCCGAGCGGAACCAGGCGAAGGCGGCCGGCGGAAAGGGUAGCAGUAGUAGUAGUAGUGGCAACGGUACCGCUGGCCAAAAUGGAUCGCUGGGACCGGGCACACCGCAGGAUGGUAGCGGUGGCGUAGCCGGCAACAACACCGAACCGACCUGGGUGCACGAGAUUUUCCAGGGUAUACUGACGAGCGAGACGCGCUGUCUGAACUGCGAGACGGUCAGCAGCAAGGAUGAGAACUUCUUCGAUCUGCAGGUGGACGUCGAUCAGAACACCAGCAUUACGCACUGUUUGCGGUGUUUCAGCAACACGGAGACGUUGUGUAGUGAUAAUAAAUUCAAAUGUGAUAACUGCUGCAGCUACCAGGAAGCGCAGAAGCGAAUGCGCGUGAAGAAGCUACCGAUGAUACUGGCCCUGCAUCUGAAGCGGUUCAAGUAUAUGGAACAGUACAACCGGCACAUCAAGGUAUCACACCGGGUCGUCUUUCCGCUCGAGCUCCGGCUGUUCAAUACGUCCGAUGAUGCGGUCAAUCCGGACCGGUUGUACGAUCUCAUGGCCGUUGUUAUCCAUUGCGGUUCCGGGCCGAACCGUGGCCAUUAUAUUAGCAUCGUAAAGAGCCACGGCUUUUGGUUGCUAUUCGAUGAUGAUAUGGUUGAUAAAAUCGAAGCUUCCACCAUCGAAGACUUUUACGGACUGACGUCGGACAUCCAGAAAUCGUCGGAAACCGGCUACAUCCUAUUCUAUCAAUCGCGGGACUGUGCGUGAGCUGGACUGGACUCCCGCCCAGCAUGGUUUGAAGAGUUUUGUUUUGUUAAAUCUAUUUAUUUCCCCCUUCCCAUACACGGGAAGAAGUUAAAUAUAUAUAAUUUUAUCAAGAAGCUAAAUUACAUUAGAUGCAAGAGAGACAGCGAGAGAGAUAUAGGUUACUGCAGCUUUCUUUCAUUCGUUGGUUGGUUUGCCUAUCACUCACCAUCCGAUACUGCAACCAAAUAUCGUUUAUAAAACACUGAGUAAAGUUAAGUUUAACUUGUGGCAGCACCGAGUAGACUCACGUUGACACCUAAAAGAAAGGCACUACUUAUGUUAUGAAAAUGUCGUGACCCCAACGAUCUUCGAUGGCCUGGCCGGUGUGUGAAAUUUAACUGUAGAGAGCGUUUUACUUUGUUUCGUGCUAAAGUUAAGUUUGGAAUCAUAGUGUGCGAAAUUUUGGAAAGAACUCUUGAUUGAAUAGAAAGGACUUGAUAGAAACGAGAAGCCGCUGUUAUCUAGGUUACAACCCAAGGACGAUAGUGCUUCGAUGCAGACCAGAAAGUGACAAGCCGAAGACAGACAACACUGUUCAGGAUCAGGGAACGCAUAUAGAAUGCACUUUAGCGAAGGUAGUUGAACAGCGCCUCAAAGAAUUUAGGACAACACGAAUCUGGAAGUGGAAUACGGGGGUGGUGAUGGUCAAUGGAAACCGAAUCUUGCCACGGUAGCGAUAGCAGCACCUCACCCAGUGCACGGCGGAAGAAAUAAUACCUUAAUGUGAAACGAAAGUCACUUUUAAAUGCCAAUAAUGAUAGGAAGUAGCAACUGAAUAAAGUAAUGGUACAACUG